AAUCCGCACCUCGUCACGCACACAGCAGUUGAGCUCUUUUUCCACUACGCACUAGUAGUAGCACUCUGGUAUUCUCCCAUGGCGACUGCGACCGAGGAGGUUGCCGCUGCGGCUGCUGCCGCCGGCGAGGCGCCGCCGCCGCCGCCGCCAGCGGUGGUAGAGGAGGCGAAGGAGGCUUUGGAGGCACCGAAGCCGGAGGAGGCGCCGAAGGCUGAGGAGGGGGAGGAGAAGAAGGCGGAGGGUGAGAAGGAGAAGGAGAAGGCGAAGAAGGAGAGGAAACCGAGGGCGAGGAAGCCCCGAUCGGCGGGGCCACACCACCCGCCCUACUUCGAGAUGAUCAAGGAGGCGAUCAUGGCGCUGGACGGGAACGGCAAGGCGGGAUCGAGCCCGUACGCGAUCGCCAAGUACAUGGGGGAGCAGCACAUGGGGGUUCUCCCGGCGAACUACCGGAAGGUGCUCGCCGUGCAGCUGCGGAACUUCGCCGCCAAGGGCCGGCUCGUGAAGGUGAAGGCCUCGUUCAAGCUGUCGGCUGCCGAGGAGAAGAAGGCGACGGCGGCGAAGGCGGCCAGGUCCAAGGCGGCCAAGGGCGUCGUCGGCGGCGCCAAGAGGAAGAGGACCCCGCGCCCCUCCGCCGCCGCCGCCAAGAAGCCCGCGUCGUCGGCGGAGGCGAAGAAGGCGGUUCCCCCCGCCCGCCCAGCCCGCGCCAAGAGGGCGAGGAAGGCCGCCCCCGCGAAGCCGAUGCAGCCGCCCAAAUCCAUCCGCUCCGCCAUCUCCAAGAAGGCCAACAAGGCCAGCGCCUGAUCAUCGCCGCCGUCUCGCCGCCCGUCGCCGCCGCGCGCUGUAUCCCUGUAUAGCCUAGGUGUUGUCGCUUACCUAGUAGUAGUUCGCCAUCGUCGUCUCGUCUGCUUCGAUCGAUCGAGCGCUCUGUGUCCGGUGUGUGUGUUGCGUUGUAGAUAAGGUUUGGGUUUCUUUUUGCAAGGGAGGAAGAAGCUACUGUAGCAUAUCGCCAAGAAGCUGUAGUAAUAAGAUGAUCUGGCGCUCGCAGCUUUGCCUUAUGAUCAACAAACUGUUCAUAUUCUUCUUCUUCUUCUUUUUUUCA